UUUCUUAACGAAAGUUAUAGCCAUUGCGAAAUUCGAAUAAGUUCUAUCAAUUUUGCAUUAUUCCUGGUGAAUUUUUAUCAAAAUAGCGUCUCUGGCUCAUUUGAUUUUGGUGAAAUAUUACGGAAGAACGUCUUCUAGAGGCAUAAUCUAUCUUCCGGCAAUCAAAACGUCUCAAGAUGCCGAAGAGGAAAAACACUGACAAUUCACAAGGUGCUGGAAGUUCCAAGAAGCCUUUGUUGAAUGACGAUAAGGAAAAUCAGGAUCAGAAUGUGGGAAAGAAUUCUGCGACUGAGGAUUCGUGCAGUGGGAAAAUUCUGUAUAUUCACUUGAAGAAUUUCAUGUGUCACUCAAAUCUCCGGGUGGAGCUCAAUAAGCGCUGCAAUGUGAUUGUGGGGAACAAUGGAAGUGGUAAGAGUGCUAUUUUGACUUCUUUGAUUAUUGGAUUGGGCGGGAAGGCAAGUACUGCCCAUCGAAGUUCGAAUAUUAAGCAAUUGGUGAAGCAUGGGCAAUCUUCGUGUACCAUUGAGAUUUGCCUGGCAAACAAUGGGAUUGAUUCGUUUGACCGGAAGAGAUUUGGUGAUAGGAUUGUGGUGUCGCGAAAGAUAGCAUCGAGUGGUGCGUCAACUUAUAAAAUUUGCAAUGCCAAAGGGGAGGAAAUAUCAAAAGAUCGGCAUUUGCUGGAGAAAUUGCUGAUGUAUUUCAAUAUUCAGAUUGACAAUCCUGUUUGUAUUUUGCAUCAGGAUGCUGCAAGGAGUUUUCUCAAGGAUUGCGAUCCGAAGAAACUCUUUGUUUUUUAUAUGAAAGCCACCCAGCUGCAGGAUAUGCUGGAUAAGUUAAAUCAGUGUUUAGCUCUGUAUCGCAGCAAUAGGACACAGUAUGAGAUGCUUAUGUCGAAAAUUCAAGUGGAUAGCAAGGAAGUCAAUGAAGUUCGGCAUAAGCAUAAGGCAUUGUCAUCGGUGAAUAAUACCAAACAAUUGAUUGCGCAACUCCGGAAGGAAUUGCUGUGGAUCAAGUACAAUGAUCAGAGGGAUUUGUUUGCCAAGACGGAAGCUGAGUACAAGGGAGUAUUGGAGAUGGUACAGAGGCUGCAGGAAUUCCUUGAUAGUCGAGCAUCGAGUGUGGAAAAUAUGAAUCGGAGGAUUCAGAUGUUUCAGGAGCAGAAACGUCAGAAAAACGAGCAAGUGAUGAAGUUAAUUCAUGAGUACAAUGCCUUCCAAUCGGAAUGCGAUGAGCAGAAAGAUCUGGAAGUUGGACAGAAGACAACGUAUGAGAUUCAGAAGAAGAAGCGUCAGAGGAUUGAGGAGAAUAUUGCCAGGGUGAAGGAACACUUGGCCAGUGAUAAUUUUGAAGAGAAAGUGGAAAAGAUGAAACGAGAGAAUGAACAAAAAAUGGAAAAAUAUUCUGAUGAUCGAAAUGAAAUUCUCGCAGUGUCAUCAUCGUUGGAUCGGGAUUUGGAGGAUUUGGAGAAAAUCCUGAUGCAGACGGACAAAUCGUAUGAUUCCUGUGGUCAGAGGAAGAACUAUUUGGAGAGUGAAUUGGGCAAGGUCAGUCGGGAAUGUCGACAGAUUGAUCUCAAUGCCAAGGAUGAACUUGCAAUUUAUGGAUCUCACAUGGGAGUCCUCCUGAAGGAGAUUGAGACACGCUACAGGAAAGGAGAAUUCUCCAUGAUGCCCCUGGGUCCAUUUGGGCGGUACAUCAAAGUGCAAGAUACAAAAUGGCGAGAAAUUGUUGAACACAUUGUCGGACGCUACGUUACAGCCUUUCUCUGCAAUUCCCAUCGAGAUCAUCAGCUUCUCGUGAGUAUUAUGAAGAGAAUCAUUCCCGGUGGACGUCUACCAUCAAUCACAGUAACGCCCUUUGAGGCAUCUGUCUACAAUUUUGCUUCCGGACGAUGUGAAGCACCCCGCGGAACAGUUUCCCUGGUCGAUGUCAUUCAAGUCAGUGAUCACAAUAUCAUGAAUACCCUAAUAAAUGCCCUUCACAUUGAGUCAAUCCUCCUCACUGAGCAUAUGGAACUAGCUAUGCGUCUAACAGAUGGAUCAAAUAUCCCAAGAAAUCUCAGGAAAAUCAUCCUGGCCAAACCAUUUCAAGAAUAUGCAGUAAGACCAUUCCGAAUGUACUCAAUGAAACUCCAUCCAGGCCGUUACAUUCAAGCCAAUCUCAGGGAUGUCAAGGAAACUCUCCAGAGACAAGAAAAACAUCUCCAGGAGGAAUAUCAAAAAGUCCUUCAGAAAUUCAAGAAACUGACAAUGGAAAAACGUGAACAGGAAGCCAGAAUGGCAGAAAAAACGGAAGAAAAAAGAAAUCUAGAGAAUAAACUCAAGCACAUUGAGCAGAAAAUCCGUGAAAUCCAGAACAUUGUCUACCCCUCUACCAUUGAAAAUGAUGCCCUGAAGGAGGAAUAUGAGACACUGAAGAAGAAUCACGAGAAAGCUCUGUCCCUGGAGAAGCGUGAAAAGGAAAAAUAUGCCGUGAUAAAGAAGAAAUUGGAGGAAUUGAUGGAGAAGAGGGAAAAGAUGAAGGCUGAAGAAGUCGAACUUUCCAAGGAAAUCCGUAAACUCAAUUCAGAUGAAGAUGUUGAAAAUUCCAAAAUAGCCUCCGUGGAGUACAAUUGCAAGGAGAGUGAGACAAAAUUGGCUCAAAAGCAGGAAAUUGCUGAGUAUCUUGCCAAGGAAUUGGAAAAAUUGAAGAACCUAAUGGAUUCAGCUUUGGUUCGAGCUGAAAAAUCCGGUGUACGCAUUGAGACAACACGAUCAGAGGAAACAGUGUCGGCAUUGAUCAAAGAAGGCCAAGCCAGUAUUACGCAACUGGAGGGAUUGUAUGGAAGUCUCGAUGCUCUGACAGAUCAUCUGCAUUUGAUCACAGAUCGCCUGGAGAAGGACAAACGUGUAGCGGGCAUUCUCGAUGAAACACUAACAAUGCUCAAAGUCACUCAUUACAAGCGUCAUCAGGCAGUUAUUCGGCUCAAACGUCACAUUUCCAGCCUCAUGCAGCAUCAUUUCAGUAAACUGCUUCAGUUGCGUGGCUUCAAGGGGGACAUCAAUGUGGACUAUGAAUUGAAAAUGCUGGAACUGAAGGUUAUCCCGAGGGAUAAUCAUAUUUCAAGUGCCACUUCGAAUACUCAGGCUCUGUCUGGCGGAGAGAGAUCCUUCACCACAGUUUCCUUCCUCCUGUCACUCUGGGCUUGUGUCAAUCAUCCCUUCUUCCUCCUCGAUGAAUACGAUGUCUUCACGGAUCCUGUCAAUCGGCAGUACAUGACGCAGUUGCUCAUCAGAGAAACCGAAAAGAAUCCCUGUGUACAGUACACAUUCCUCACGCCGCAGGAUAUGUCAUCCUUGGAGGCAUCCUCAAAACUCACAAUUCACAAAAUGGCUGAUCCUCAGUGAAAGAGAGUUUGUGGCCAAAUGACGUGAAAUCACAACAGACUCUCUCUCUUAAUAUGUGCCUUGAUGGCGUUCAAAAGAAAGAAAAAAAAGACAAUUUCCAAAUUCGUACAAUAUGUUUAUUAACUUAUCUUACCACAUUGUUGUCACAGUCAAUGUUGUUUUUCUGAAGAAUAUAACUCAUGUUUUUGCA